UGAGAAUACACUGAGGGUUGAUGGGGGGUGGGAGGGAGGGGAAAGUCGGUGAUGGGCAUUGAGGAGGGCACCUGUUGGGAUGAGCACUGGGAGUUGUAUGGAAACCAAUUUGACAAUAAAUUUCAUAUUAAAAAAAAUAAAAAUAAAAAAGCUGGGUGAGUUUUUAAAAUAAAAAUCAAGGGGCACCUGGGUGGCUCAGUUGGUUAAGCAUCCGACUUCAGCUCAGGUUAUGAUCUCACGGUUUGCAAAUUCAAGCCUUGCAUUAGGCUCUCUGCUGUCUGCACAGAUCCCACUUCAGAUCUCUGUCUCUCUCUUCCCCUCCCUGGCUCUCACGUGCAUGCUCUCUCUCUCUCUCUCUCUCUCAAAAAUAAAUAAACAUUUAAAUAAUUAAUAAAUAAAUAAAUAAAUAAAUAAUCAACAUAGAUUAACAAAGAUAUUUGGAUAUGAUAGGGUUCAUACUUAGGUUAUCCUUUAUUAAAUUUACUUUCUAACAAAUCCCAGAGACAGAAAUAAGUGAUAAUAGGAAAUGGAACAACAUCAGGAAAAUCAAUAAUAAAACCAAAAAACUAAUAGGGGCGCCUUGGUGGUUCAGUCAGUUAAGCAUCCAACUCCUUGAUUUUGGCUCAGGCCAUGAUCUCAUGGUUCAUGAGAUUGAGCCCCACAUCAGGCUCUGUGUUGAUAGCAUGGAGCCUGCUUGGGAUUCUCUCUCUCUCUCUCUCUCUCUCUCUUUCUCUCUCUCUCUCUCCAAAUAAAUAAAUAAAUAAACUAAAAAAAAAAAACACCCACAAAACAAAAAAACUAAUAAAAUCGUUUAAAAACAGGGAGAGAAUUUCACUCAGGCUAUGUCAUUUUCUUUUGACCCUAGUGAGAAUGAAUCCUAAAUACAGGUUAUGUAUUUAUUUGCUCAUUUCCUUUCCUUGUUGUUGUUUUCCAGAGACCCACAAGCAUUGAACUAUUUUCUACACGGACCUAGUAAUAAAUCUAGCAAUGAUGACUCAACUAGCACAGGAUAUUCUGCAGCCAAUUCAAAUUCAAUUUUCGCCAACUCCAGUAAUGCUGAUCCUAAGUCAUCCCUCAAAGCCGUAAGCAACCAGCUUGGAGAAGGGCCCAGUGAUGGACUGCCACUUUCAAGUAGCCUUCAGUUUCUUGAAGAUGAACUUGAGUCUUCUCCUCUUCCCGAUCUCAGUGAGGACCAACCUUUCGACAUUCUUCAGAAAUCCCUGCAGGAGGCCAAUAUCACUGAACAGACUUUGGCAGAAGAGGCAUAUUUGGACGCCAGUAUAGGUUCAAGCCAACAGUUUGCACAAGCCCAGCUUCAUCCUUCUUCAUCAGCAUCGUUUACUCAGGCUUCUAAUGUUUCGAAUUACUCAGGUCAGACGCUGCAGCCUAUAGGGGUGACUCACGUGCCUGUUGGAGCAUCAUUUGCAAGCAAUACGGUGGGGGUGCAACAUGGCUUUAUGCAACACGUGGGGAUCAGUGUGCCCAGCCAGCAUCUGUCUAAUAGCGGUCAGAUUAGCGGUUCGGGUCAGAUACAGCUAAUUGGCUCAUUUGGUAAUCAACCCUCCAUGAUGACUAUUAAUAACCUAGACGGAUCUCAAAUCAUAUUGAAGGGCAGCGGGCAGCAAGCCCCAUCAAAUGUGAGUGGAGGACUCCUGGUUCACAGACAGACUCCCAAUGGCAACUCCUUGUUUGGGAGCUCCAGUUCCAGUCCCGUAGCACAGCCUGUUACCGUUCCAUUUAACAGCACAAAUUUUCAGACGUCUCUACCUGUGCAUAACAUCAUCAUACAGAGGGGUCUUGCACCAAAUUCAAAUAAAGUCCCGAUCAAUAUCCAGCCAAAGCCUAUCCAGAUGGGUCAGCAGAAUACGUACAAUGUGAACAAUUUGGGAAUACAGCAGCACCACGUUCAACAAGGGAUCUCCUUUGCCUCCGCCAGCUCACCCCAGGGCUCCGUAGUUGGUCCGCACAUGUCUGUGAACAUCGUAAACCAACAGAACACAAGGAAACCAGUCACCUCACAGGCAGUGAGCAGCGCUGGGGGUAGUAUCGUUAUUCAUUCUCCCAUGGGCCAGCCUCACACACCCCAAAGUCAGUUCCUCAUACCCACAAGCCUUUCUGUCAGUUCCAACUCGGUACAUCAUGUCCAGACCAUAAAUGGGCAACUGCUUCAGACUCAACCUUCUCAGCUCAUCUCCGGCCAGGUGGCCUCAGAGCAUGUCAUGUUGAACAGAAACUCUUCCAACAUGCUCAGGACCAACCAACCAUAUUCUGGACAGAUGCUGAACAAUCAGAAUGCCGCCGUCCAGUUGGUGUCUGGGCAAACAUUUGCCGCCUCUGGAAGCCCAGUGAUUGUCAAUCAUGCCUCUCCUCAGAUUGUUGGUGGACAGAUGCCCUUGCAGCAGGCGUCACCAACCGUAUUACACCUGUCACCUGGGCAGAGCAGCGUGUCCCAAGGGAGACCUGGCUUCACCACCAUGCCCUCGGUGACCAACAUGUCAGGACCUAGUCGGUUCCCUGUCGUCAGCUCAUCCAGCACUGCCCAUCCUAGUCUUGGGUCUGCGGUUCAGUCGGGUGCAUCAGGAUCAAACUUCACGGGAGAUCAGCUGACCCAGCCAAACAGGACUCCAGUACCGGUCAGUGCGUCUCAUCGUCUUCCAGUUUCUUCUUCCAAAUCUACCAGCACCUUCAGUAACACCCCUGGAGCGGGAACCCAGCAGCAGUUCUUCUGUCAGGCUCAGAAAAAAGGUUUGAAUCAGACUUCCCCCAUAUCCGCUUCCAAGACCACAGAUGGCCUGAGGCAAGCACAGAUCCCUGGCCUCCUGAACACCGCACUGCCAGGGCAGGAUUCUGGAAGCAAAGUUAUACCGGUGUCCUUAGGAACCGCACAGCCACAGCAGGAAAAGGUAGUUGGAUCAUCUCCUGGCCAGCCAGCUGUGCAGGUGGAUAGUCAUUCAGGAGGACAAAAGCGGCCUGCUACAAAACAACUAACUAAAGGAGCUUUCAUUCUCCAGCAGUUACAGAGGGACCAAGCCCACGCUGUGACACCUGAUAAAAGUCAGUUCCGAUCACUAAGUGAUGCGGUGCAGAGGCUACUCUCCUACCACGUGUGCCAGGGCUCCAUGCCCACCGAGGAAGACUUGAAGAAAGUCGACAAUGAAUUUGAAACAGUUGCCACUCAGCUCCUAAAAAGGACCCAAGCGAUGCUUAACAAAUACAGAUGCCUGCUUCUAGAAGAUGCCAUGCGGAUCAAUCCCUCUGCUGAGAUGGUGAUGAUCGAUAGAAUGUUCAACCAGGAGGAAAGAGCUUCUCUGUCCCGAGACAAGCGUCUGGCACUUGUAGACCCUGAGGGUUUUCAGGCUGAUUUCUGUUGUUCCUUCAAACCUGAUAAAGCUGCUCAUGAGACACAGUUUGGCCGGAGUGACCAGCAUGGCAGUAAAGCGCCCAGCUCUCUGCACCUGACAGCCAAGGCCCAAAGCCGAGAACCGACGAAUCAUGACCAGUUUCAUCUAGUGCCUAAUCACAUCGUGGUCUCCGCAGAAGGAAACGUUUCUAAAAAAACUGAAUGCCUCGGCAGAGCACUGAAAUUCGACAAAGUGGGCUUAGCACAGUACCGGAGUGCAUCCGAAGAGAAAACAAGCCGGAGAGAGUCCACGAAGGCCAGCGAGUGCUCUCCCGGCCCCGAAGGGCACCGGAAAACCUCAUCCAGACCAGAUCACGGUACUGAGAGCAAACUCUCAAGCAUCCUAGUAGAUUCUCACUUGGAGAUGACGUGUAACAAUUCCUUCCAGGACAAAACUCUGAGGAAUUCUCCAAAGAAUGAAGUUUUACACACAGACAUCAUGAAAGGGUCGGGUGAGCCCCAGCCAGACCUCCAGCUCACUAAGAGUUUAGAAACAACAUUUAAGAACAUCUUGGAACUCAAAAAGGCUGGGCGGCAGCCCCAGAGUGACCCCACGGUUAGCGGCUCUGUUGAGUUAGAUUUCCCCAACUUUUCUCCAAUGGCUUCGCAGGAAAACUGCCUGGAAAAGUUCAUCCCGGACCACAGUGAAGGCAUUGUAGAAACCGACUCCAUUUUAGAAGCAGCUGUAAAUAGUAUCUUAGAGUGUUAAUAGCAGCAGCCCUCCCCCACCCCGCCCCUACACCCCGCCCCGGACAAGUUACAUUCUUUCCUGGCAAAAGCAAAUGGAAGUGUUCUCCUGUCUCCAGCCUGCUUGACCUUUCAUCACAGGUUAUUCUUUCUGAUCUUCAAUCCCAUUCUUUGUUUAAGAGCAAUACUCGUGGUGGUUACAGGGAGAUCCUUUCGUGAAAUUAAUCCUUGUUAGAAAGCAGUCUGAUAGGCCCUACACAUUUCAAGUGUUACGAAAGUGCUUAUAGUCAUUUUCUUUGUGUGUUUGUUUACUUGUUUUAUUACUAUUUUUUUUUUUAAAAAAAACACCAUAACUCACUGAGAUCACAGUACACUUGGCCCUCGGUAAAAUUCUGACAAUCAUUAAGUCAUUUGAAAAGAACAGACUUAUUAAAGAAAAUCAAACAGGACUGAUAGAAGCUACUUUGUGAAAGAAUGUCCCACUGCAUCUCCAAAUUUCGUUGUUUUGGGUUUGUUGUUGUUGUUGGAGGGGAGACCGCACGGUUGUCCCCCCCACCCCACCCCCGCGCCCCGCCCCGGGCCACCUCUGAGCAGUAAGUUGCCGGCUGCUCUGCCAGGGACCCCACAGCCCCGAGGAAGCAGCCAGCACACAAGCAGGGCAUUCGCAGGGCUUCCUUGUUCAUCGUCUGAGUGCUUUUCCGAUGCUCCUGGAGCAAAACCUCAUGCUUUUCGGCAUACGCGUGUUGAGUUUCAUCUAGGGAAUGCUCUGUUCUUAGUUGCAACGGCACGACUUGAGAAAAUUUUCACCAGGCUGAAAUAAAGGAAAAUGGAAACCAGUUAAGUGGCACAGUGUACAGGGGAGGCCGGGAGAGAGCCUUGAGGAGUAUACUAUGUAUAUAUGUAAAAGCAUAUAUAUGUUAACUAUUGAGAAAAAAAACAAGCGUUUUGCAUUUUGUAAUUGGAUAUAGUCAACGUAUGC